AUGGGACUAACCAUAUAUAGUCAAUAUGAAUUUGACGUAAAUAACAACAUUAUAAGCCACAAGCUAGACAUUUGCAAAUACAACAAACUAAAUAACACAAAUGAUGAAAAUAAAAUAGCAAAUAACAUAAAGGAUAGGAAAAUUAAAAAAUGUGCAAAGGGGAGUAGGAAUGUCAAAUUACACUUGAUUCUCAUAAAAAAAUACAACUCAUAUCUUAAUAAUAAAUUGAAGAGCUCUAAAGAUCUUGAUACCAAACAACCUUCCUACAAUGGUAUUCCUGGCAAGAACAAUCGAAUUAGUGCCACUGAACAAGGCAACAAAUCCAUAAAUGGCAAAGUUAUUAAAAAGCCAGAUGUUACUCAAUAUGUGGACGAUAUAAUGAAAACGGUUGAAACUAAGGGCGUGUGUGAUUUAGAUCAAAUAUUCCCAAAGGGUGGAACCAAGUUACUUACUUCUCAGUACUUUCUGAAUCUCCUGAUUUUACUAAAUGAGAAUAAACUACAAUUGACUUUAAUAAACAACCAAAUUAAACUCUCUUUAAUAUCAUAA